AUGUGUGGGGAAAACAGCUCCAGCCUGACCCCGGGAUUCUUUAUCUUGAAUGGGAUUCCUGGGCUGGAAGCUGCACACACCUGGAUCUCCCUGCCAUUCUGCUUCAUGUACGUCAUCGCUGUCGUGGGGAACUGCGGGCUCAUCUACCUAAUCAGCCAUGAGGAUGCCCUGCACCGGCCCAUGUACUACUUCCUGGCCCUGCUCGCCUUCACCGAUGUCACCCUGUGCACCACCACUGUACCCAAUAUGCUGUGCAUAUUCUGGUUCAACCUCAAGGAGAUUGACUUUGAUGCCUGCCUGGCUCAGAUGUUUUUCGUCCACAUGCUGACUGGGAUGGAGUCUGGGGUGCUCAUGCUCAUGGCCCUGGACCGCUAUUCUGUGGCCAAGGUGUCCUGUGGCAAUUUCAAGGUCAAUGCUGUCUAUGGUCUGAUGGUUGCUCUCCUUAUUGGUGUGUUUGACAUCUGCUGUAUUUCUGUGUCUUACACUAUGAUAUUGAGAGCAGUAGUGAGCCUGUAAUCUGCAGAUGCUCGUCACAAAGCCUUUAGCACCUGUACAUCCCACAUAUGUGCCAUUGUGAUCACUUAUGUUCCAGCUUUUUUCACUUUUUUUGCCCACCGUUUUGGAGGACACAAUAUCCCCCACCACAUUCACAUCAUUGUAGCCAACCUUUACCUGCUCCUACCUCCUACAAUGAAUCCUAUUGUUUAUGGAGUCAAGACCAAGCAGAUCCGAGAAGGUGUGUUCAAGUUUUUACUUGGAGACAAGGUUGUCUUUACUCAAGACAAAUGA